AUGGGCUUGACGCCGGCACAGGCGGACCAUGAGUUGGUAAGACAAAGCGAGCUGGAGGUAAUAGAAACAAGCAUCACUCGAUGGGUGAUGCUCUUUGGGUGCAUCAUUUGUGCCCUGCUGCCAGUAAGCCUGGUUCUGUUUUUUUACCUCAUCUACAGUUACAUCUUGGAGCAGUGGCAGGACUGUGACGUGCCACUGACUCUUUGGUUCUGGGUUGCCAUGUUCAACAUCUUCUACCACAUCAAUCUUGGUGGAAGAUCCAUCCAUAGGCAGGUCAUCAGGACGGUGUGCAGAUACCAGGCGCCGGAACAGAGCCUCGAGGUGCCACCUGCGCGAGUGAGGCUCUACCAUUGGCUCACCACCAUUUUUGUUUUCUCGUGGCACUGUGUUGGACUGCACUGGGCGCGAGUCAGCCAAACGUGCCACGACACAGCGCCCAACCUCUUCACAUCGACUUAUCUCUUCGCUUCAUUCAACGUGAUCUUCACAAUUUUUACUGUGAUCUCGACCUAUGGGCUGCAGCAUAUGCUUGCCUCGCUCUUAAGACGCGGCUUGCUACCGAGCUCCAUGCUGGGCGACCGGGCUGCGCCAGAGGGAACGCUUGAGCUGCAGUCGAGUGUGAUCUUUGAUCCAGAGGAGUUCGGAGAUUCUUUGCAAUGUCCAAUGUGCUUGGAGGACUUUAGCAAGGAGCAGCCCAUCAGAAAGACUAUUUGUGGCCACUAUUUCCACGAAAGCUGUUUGGCUCAGUGGUUCAAGGUCAACAGAACCUGCCCCUUGUGCCGUCGUGACCUGGCUGAAAGCCUGGAAUCGGGCGAGCAGGCCGAGCCAGAGGCGACGGCAACUUCUUUCACGGCUCUUCGGCCCGAGCGUAUCGGAGCAGACCAGGCAUCGAGCGUGGAAACACCCGCCUCUGAUGCCGCAGGGCGUUGGAGGGAGGCCCUGGCUGUGCUAGAAGACGCGGUCGAGAAGGCACUGGAAUUGGACACAAUUUGCUGCAACACGGCAAUUUCCGUUUGCGAGGCAGCCGGGCAAUGGCAGCACAGCCUUUACUUACUUCAGGUGAUGGAAGCACAUGGCCCCAGCCCAAGCGUGGUCAGCUACGGCAGCGCUUGCGCCGCGUGUCGCGGGCACUGGAAAGAGGCGGUAGCUGUUUUAGCACGGGCGCGAGAUCAGCAGGUACAAGUGGAUUCAAUCUUGGUGUGUUCUGCAAUCAGUGCAUGUGAGAAGAGCAGCCAGUGGCAAAUGGCCCUCGAUCUUGUCAGCUCCAUGUCCUCUCAGACUGAAGCAACAGCAGGAUACAACUCAGCCAUCAGCGCCUUGAGUGCCUCGGGAUGGACCAAGUCUUUGCGUCUCUUUGAACAAAUGAGUCUCCGCGGGCUCCAAGUGGACCUGAUCACCAUCGGCGCGACCAUGAGUGCCUUUGAAACCGGACAGUGGCCCAAGGCGUUCCACCUGCUGAAUUCUGCCUGCUGCAAGCACUUAGAACCAGGCGUCGUUGCAUUUGGUGCAGCAGUCGCAAGUGCUAGACCAAGUUGGAGCAAUGCCUUCCAGGUGCUCACCGAGCUGGGCCACCGGGGCUUGAAGUGCGAGGUUGCAGUUUGCGGAGCUGUCCUUUCUUCCUGUGAACGAAGCUCGCAAUGGCUGAAGGCCAUUGGCAUUCUUCAGCAGCAAGAGACUUCUGGUCCAGCGCCAAAUGUUGUAGCCUACAGUUCCACCAUCUCAGCAUGUGAGAAGGCUCACCGUUGGGAAGUCGCUCUUUACCUUCUGUGGCAAAUGUGGAGAUUGGGGCCCAAGCCAGAUCUCAUUGCACUGAAUAGUGCCAUCAGUGCUUGUGCUACGUCGGGACGUUGGGAAGAAGCACUGCAACUAGGGGACGAUGCGAGUUCAGAGUCACUUCACUUGAAUCUCAUCAGCUACAACUCCAUGGUGAGUGCGCUGAGUGUGGGUCAAGACUUUCAACAUGCUCGAGAACUCCAGGUGCUGGAGGACAUGCAUCAGGCGCAAGUGACACCUGACAUCAUCACCUACAACGCGCUGCUGGGCGCUUGCACCAGACGUGCGGAUUGGCAGACCGCGAUGGCAUGGCUGGACGAGUUGAGUGACGCUUCAUUGGUGCCUGAUGUUGUGACCUAUGGGACCACUUUGGCAGUCUUUGACCAGGCGGAGCAGUGGGAGAUGGCUUUGCAGCUCUUUCUGGAGCUACAGCGUUCAACUGUCCAGCCACCGUGCACACUUUUCAAUUCGGCCAUGGCAUCAUGUGAACGUGCCAGCCAUUGGCCAAAUGCCUUGGCCUUUUUCGAUCAAAGCGGCAACCAAAACGAUGCCCGUGGAUUCAAUACAGCUAUGAGGGCCUGUGGCGCUAGGAUUUGGAGAAGCUCACUGCUGCUCCUUUCUUCCAUGCAGCUCUACAGGAUCGAUGCAGAUUGCAAGUCUUAUUUGGCCAUUUCGCUCAAUGUGGCCAAGAGCGGCCAGGUUCAGCUACUCCCACAGCUGAUGGGUCAUAUGAGCUUCAGUGGUCUUCGCUUCGCGAGAGAACUUCAACGGAGGUGA